AUGGACCGCUAUUCGCCACGUCCUCCUCCACGAAGCUACAGUAACCUGAAUGUAGACUACAGUAACCUGAACGUUGACGUUAUGGAUGGCGUUAUUCGUCCUGUGCCACAGCACAGCCCACUCACUAAGCAAGUGAAUCAACUUGCGUACGAGAUUCCAAAGAACAAAUAUGCAUCGAAUCCAUGGAAUUAUGCGCCGGAGUUUUUGAAGGUGUUUGGCGAUGUUCGAGUGCAUGUUGGUGGAAGAGCUGUUUUCGAUUGUGUGCUACUUGGCAGUCCGCGACCAAAGGUUAUUUCAACUUUUUCCUCAAGUUCAAGUUGGGUUUAG